AUGACGGUUGCCGCACCUCCUGUGGCUCCAGUUCACGAAAAUGGAAUUAAUGGUGUACCACAUGGCCAUCAUAUCAAUAUGAGCCUCCCUCGUUUUCAUCCAAUCGCUAUGAACCCAGCACAAGCUGCACAUCAUGAGCAUAUGAUGCAAAAUCACCACCACUUUCGUGCUUUCCAACCGCCGCCUCUGCAAGAACCGGGCCCUCCGACACCAGCACCGCAUGUACAAAAUAUAGACCAUAUCGAGGCCCGUUUGCGGCAAUUGGAACAUGAAGAAGCAGCCCGUAUGGCAGCCCGUAGUCAGCUUCUUGCUAUCCGAAAGCGAGAGGACGAGGAUUUUCGUAGGAUGACUGAAAAUGCUGAAGUUGAAGAAGAGGAAUUGCGCAGGCAGCGGAAACGCAUUAAACGAGAGUCCAUGGGACUCGGAUAUAAUGCAGGCAUGGAUUCCCCGCCUCUGCGGCCAACACCGCCGCGUCGUCUCUCAGAGACCAAUGCAGCCACCACCCUUGCGUUCUUCAAACAGCAAAGUCCCCCGGAACCCCGUCCAAUCCCUCCACCGCCAGUGCAAGCUCCGUCGCACCAUCCACCGCCUCAGCAUAUUCAUCAUGACCCCACGGGGGCCACGUCAAUCCGUCGGAAACAGAAAUAUACGAUCAAAAAUGUGGAAGCUUGGGGUGAACGCCAUGGACGGCCAGCAGCACAUGACCCGUCGGGGCGUGCACUAUGGAAGCGGCCGUCGGAUGGUAGCUUGGUGUAUCUUACAUGCCCGGUUACCGGCUGCGGGAAGGCAGACUUUGUGACUCUCCAUGGGUUCAUGUGUCAUCUGACAAAGAAACACAAAGACCGGAGUUUAGGGAGUCAGUCCAGGGCCUUGGAGGUAUGCGGAGUUGUGUAUGACCCGAACGCGCCUCUGCCUCCAAUGGCUACUGUGAAUCGCGAAUCCACCGAAGAAAGUCGUCUGGAAUCCGCGCCCACAGACCCCGAAGGCUAUCAACAAGAAGAGGAAUAUUUCUCUGGUUCGGAUGAACAGGAUGGCCAAGAAAAACAGUGCCCUGUGAAGACGGAGACUGCAGAGAGGGCAUUGCCUGUACCAAUGGCACCUUUGUCGACAGAAGAAAAGCAUAACAAGGCCGCGAAGCCCAACGGCUCCACGAAGCAGUCGAUUUCCUCCAUCAUUGAUCGUGACCCGGAAGAUGAACCUCGGGAUCGGUUAAAUUCCAUGCCCCCUCACCCGGCUGAGCCUGUACGACGGGCCUCUUCAGAGCAAAGACGUGCCGCCGCGGACGAGGCGGAGAUUUCUCGACCCCAAGAUACUAAGAAUGAUCGCAGUGGGACGAAAAAAGCCGCUGAAGCCGAAUAG